UCUUUCUGUUUUCACAGGAUAGAUAAAUUACUUAAAAAUACUUCUGGUUUCCAUGCAGCAUUUUCACUGACUUUGGUUGUGAAGGCUCAUCAUAUGAUACAGAUAACUUAAAGAGAUCUUGGACAGUUCUUGAAGGUUUUUUGACUACAUUCUACAUUUUGAAUUGCAAUAAGAGUUGCAACACAGCACAUGCCUAAGUAUGCAGUCUGCUAAUAUGCUUCUUAGAAAAAUUUUAAGAAGUUCUGACCUUCCAUUUGCUGCACAACAUGGGAUGAAAAAGGAUUUCCUUCCACUCAGUAGAACUCUGAGUUUAUCACUUUGUCUGAAGCAGGACAAGGCAUGUGAACCCUCAGAAAAACUAGAUUUAGAUGAGUGGAAGAAGGUAAUGAAAUCCGGGUUGCAAGAAGAGGUCAGUGAGAUGGUCUCGGAGCCUAAGGAGCUUUCCAGUUUGGCUGCUGCACGUGAGACUUUGGAGAUGUGGAGACUAGCUGGCAGAGCAGUUCCAGAAAAUAUUAGUGAAGAACAGUUAAAAACUUUUAUGGAGUGUCCUUCUAAGUCAGCCAAAAAGAAGUAUGUAAAAUAUUUGCAUCUCAAAGAACUUCACAAGAAAAAUGACAAAAGAAAGAUGGAUGAGAAAAGGGAAAGGAGGCUGGAAGCACAAGAUCAAGCUUCAAAAACAGAUGAGACAAAAAAGAGUUCAUUCAUAUGUAUGUGGUCCAGCACUAUGGAUAAAGCAUACAACUGGAGGGCUGCUCAGUCCAUGAUCUUUGGCCAGCCUCUAGUAUUUGACAUGUCUUAUGAGAAAGAAAUGUCUGUCCGAGAAGUCACAAAUACAGUGAGACAGAUAGUAAUGAGUGAAAGCUGCAACCGGAAAUCUGUGGAUCCAUUCCAUAUCCACUUCUGUAACUUCAAAGAUGAUAGCCUCUAUCAUAGGGAAUUUAUCAAGAAUUAUAGAGAGGCAUGGGACAAACUGCUUAUCACAGUGACAGACCGGUGCUACACAGAAAUCUUUCCAAAGGAUAAGCUUAUCUAUCUGACAGCUGAUUCUCCCAAAGUAAUGAAAACAUUUGAUCACGAUAAGAUCUAUAUUGUUGGGUCAAUGGUUGACAGGAGCAUAAAAACAGGAGUCUCUUUAGCACGGGCAAAGCGAUUAGGACUGGAGACUGCAGCCCUUCCACUGGAGAAGUAUUUGCUUUGGAAUACUGGUGCCAAAAAUCUCACGCUGGAUCAAAUGAUGCAUAUUUUAUUAACCUUGAAAGAUACUGCUGACUGGAAGAAGGCUCUGGAAUUUGUUCCAAAAAGGAAAUAUUGUGGUUUUGUAAACAAACCUCUAAAGGAUCUGAAAAAAACAUUAGAGCUGGUCAACACACUUAAACUUGGAAAGGGACGACAAGUAGAAGAAAAGCGAUUUGUCAAGAACUACCCCAAGAAGUAUAAACUAAAGCAAAAGUAGAAUGAUGGGGAGGAGAAUGAAUUUUUUACAUACAAGCUGUGUCCUUUAAUGCUUCGGCUUCUCGGUACAUCUGGAACUCUGUUCAGCUCUUAAUCCCAGAACAUGUUUUGUUGCUUACAUAUGAAAUGAUCAUUGUUAAGAGUUGGGUUUUUUAAAUUACUUUACUAGUCCAGCUGUUUAAAUUUAUUCACACAUUAUUGAAAUUAUGUAAGAGAAAUGAGAUAAUCUGUUGUAAAAAAAAAGAAAAACUCUACAUGAAGACUAUCAGUCUGUUCAGUGGAACUGUGCUUGGGCAAGGGUAAUUGUUACUGAAUGCAAAGGUCUUCAGAGCUCACUACUUUGGAGGCUGUCUACAGUUUUAUUCUAAAAGAUGACUAAGAUGAAGUAGAAGAGACCUCUCCCAUUACUUCCUGAGUCCUCUUCUGUGCAGAUGAAUUGACCUUUGGUAGCUGAACUAAAAUGGUUAAAACCUUGCAUGAGUUUGGGGCACUGCACCAUUUAUUUCUGGAUGUUCUAUCUGGCACAAAUCAAGUCACUGUUUGGAAGGAAUAAGGCAAAUUUUGUGACUGCACCAAAAAAAAACAAACCAAAAAAAAAAAACCAAAAAACAACUCACCUACUUUUGUGUAAGACUUUUAUCCCAGAGUACCUGUGUUUUCAGGCCAUGUAAUGUAGAUUUCCCAAAGUGCUGGAACUUAUGAGAUGGUAAACAGUCCUAUUAGUAAAUACUUGGAGGAGCAGAGAGCUUUUUAAUUAUUUCUCACAGCUCAAAAUGUUUUGGUGUCUGAAAGUCUGUGUUCAGGCUGCAGAGCUGCCAUGGGCAGCUAAAUACAGGCCUGCUCUGCUGUCUGUAGGAUGAGGAGGGUUUUCUUUGUGAGUGAUGGUUGAAGUCAGUGAUGGCACAUGAUGAGUUGGUGCUGACCCACUCCCUGGGGACCUCUUCCUACCUGCUGUUGCAAGGUGGGGGUUGGAAGGCAGAAGAUUCUCUAGCCCAAUACUGCCCUUCACUGCCUGUUGCGAGGUGCAGGGACCUCCAGGCAUGGAUAGCCUCUGGCACAGGGAAAGAGCUGCUUCCUUUCAGCUUACAGUGGUUGGGAAGUACACAAUGCUUCACCUUAGGGUGGUGUUCCAGGUGAUGAUUGUGAAAAACGAGGUUCACAUAAUUUUUAUAGAAUUUAAAAGUUUAAUGAAAAAAA